AUGCCCCCGCAGAUUACGUUUGUAAAAGUAUCCCUGAGGGUGUUGCCCGUUAAGGUGUUCUUGGUCAACGUACAGUUGAACGAGGUGUUGCUCUCUGUAUUGUUAAAAGCUCCGCUACGGGAGCUUGUAGAGAAUAGAGAUGAUACGUGGGUCAAAUUGAGACAAACGACUCUGGACGAUAAAAAGCUCAAAUUUCGGUUAGAGGUGCCUGUUCACUUGAUAGUACGCCUACGUCUAGAGCUCGACAAGUUGACUAUAGACGAUAUCGAGUUUGUGAAUUCGGGCAAGUUUAAGCUAGAGAACAUCCUAAAGGAGAAAAAUAGUCGGGCGGACAACUCGUUAUUACUUAUGACGAAAAGAAAUGUGUUUAACAACAGAAGCUUCCUGGAAGAGCCAACCAUACUAGUAGAGGAAGAUGAGAGUCUAGGUCUUUCUGAAGGAUCCGAAGUUGAAAAAGAGAAUACAGACAAGCAUCUGGAUGAUAAGAAGUCUGUCAGCUACAAGGUCAAUGGGCUUCGUAUGUUCAACAAUACCCAGAAUUGCAUGAAGCUAUACAUGAUAGGUACUUAA